CUCCGGACUGUAAAAGCCCGCACACACCUCAUGCCUUUCCUCUGUUCAUGCAUGACACACUGACAGCGCAUCCGGUCGGCGCUCGAUUGGUUUCGUCUGAGCGAACCAUGGCAGAGCAAGAGGAUAAUGUUACGAUUCCUGAGUUCAACAACCUUCUCCAAAUGGAUCCCCUGCUCAAAACGUUCGAGAAGGACUUCCAGCGGAGGCAUGAGCUGCUGCAGAAGAAGCUUUUCCAGCUGGAAGAGGCAGAAGGAGGCUUUGACCAGUUCACACGCAGCUACAGGACCUUCGGCGUGCAGCGACAGCCUGACAACAGCCUGUUUUUUAAGGAGUGGGCUCCGGCUGCAGAGGCCCUCUUCCUGACCGGUGACUUCAAUAGCUGGGACAAAUUCUCCCACCCCUACACCAAGAAAGACUUUGGCAAGUGGGAACUGAUUCUCCCGCCCAGGCAUGACAAGUCUCCAGCUGUGGAUCAUAACACCAAACUCAAGGUGGUUGUUCACACCAAAGAGGGUGAGCGGCUGUACCGGAUCUCGCCCUGGGCCAAAUAUGUGACCAGGGAGGAGAAAUCUGUCAUCUACGAGUGGGUUCACUGGGAUCCCCCUCUGCCGUACAUUCAAAUCCAUCCUCGGCCAAAGAAGCCCACGAGUCUGAGAAUAUACGAGGCCCACGUGGGCAUUGCUUCACCUGAGAGUACCAUCGCCUCGUACACCAACUUCACAACCAAUGUGCUGCCUCGUAUCAAAGACCUGGGUUACAACUGUAUUCAGCUGAUGGCUAUCAUGGAGCAUGCCUACUAUGCAAGCUUUGGAUAUCAGGUCACAAGUUUCUUUGCUGCUUCGAGUCGGUACGGUACCCCAGAUGAGCUGAAGCAGCUGAUCGACACGGCUCAUUCGAUGGGCAUCAUGGUGCUGCUGGACGUCGUUCACAGCCACGCCUCCAAGAACGUCGAGGACGGCCUGAACAAAUUCGACGGCUCCGACUCGUGUUUCUUUCACUCUCCACCCAGAGGGGAUCACAGCCUGUGGGACAGCCGACUCUUCAACUACUCCAGCUGGGAAGUGUUGCGGUUCCUUCUGUCGAACCUGCGCUGGUGGAUGGAGGAGUACCGCUUUGACGGCUUCAGAUUUGAUGGUGUUACCUCGAUGCUGUACCAUCACCAUGGCGUCGGCGUCGGCUUCUCAGGGGACUACAGCGAGUACUUUGGCCUACAGGUGGACGAGGACUCUUUGGUUUACCUGAUGCUUGCCAAUCACAUCCUUCAUACCCUUUAUCCCAGCUGCAUCACUGUUGCAGAGGAUGUGUCAGGGAUGCCUGCUCUCUGCCGAGGAGUGCAGGAGGGAGGACUUGGUUUUGAUUACCGUCUGGCUAUGGCCAUUCCUGACAAGUGGAUUCAGAUCCUGAAGGAGUUAAAGGAUGAGGACUGGGACAUGGGCAAUAUCAUCCACACGCUGACCAACAGGCGCUAUGGCGAGAAGUGCAUAGCUUAUGCAGAAAGUCACGAUCAGGCUCUGGUGGGAGAUAAAAGCCUGGCCUUCUGGUUGAUGGACAAGGAGAUGUACACCAACAUGAGCUCCUUGAUCCCCAUGACACCAAUCAUUGACCGUGGCUUGCAGCUGCAUAAGAUGAUCCGUCUCAUCACUCACUCUAUUGGUGGAGAAGGCUACCUCAACUUCAUGGGGAAUGAGUUUGGCCAUCCUGAGUGGCUGGAUUUCCCCAGAGAGGGGAACAAUCAGAGUUACCACUAUGCCCGGCGGCAGUUUAACCUAGUGGAUAUGGAUCACCUCCGCUACUGUCAGCUCUACGCCUUUGACCGGGACAUGAACCGUACCGAAGACAAGUACGGCUGGCUGGCUGCCCCACCUGCCUUUGUCAGUGCCAAGCAUGAAGGGGACAAGGUCAUUGUGUUUGACAGGGCAAAUGUGCUCUUUAUCUUCAACUUCCACCCAACUAAGAGCUUCCAGGGCUACAGGGUGGCUGUAGACGUUCCAGGAAAAUACAAAAUCAAGCUGGAUUCAGAUAUGGUUCAGUAUGGCGGUCACGGACGGCUGGACCACAGCACAGAGUUCUUCACAGAGGCCCAGCCUUUCAACGGACGCGCCAACUCCAUGCAGGUUUACAUCCCCUGCAGAACAGCUAUUGUCCUGGCCAACGAGGAGAUAGAUUACUGUUAUUAGAGGAUGAUUGUCUCCACAGAGACCAGGAUCGAGAAUGGAUUCCAACCUCAAACUGAGUGUUAACAAUCACCUUCAUCUUAAAGUGUCAACCUUGCACACCACCCAAACCCACUUUUUGUGUCUGAGUCUUUUUCUAAAUCGGGGUAAAAGAAAAAAAAGAAAAAUAGCAUUGUGAGCUUGCGUGCUUUCAAACACCAUCUGCAACCUUAGAUGCUGUGUAACCCAAUUUACUACAGAUUGCUCCAUUUGGGAAGCGUCCAACCUAACCAGCAGCUAGAUGCUAAAACUUAAAACCCUGCCGAGUCCAUCCACCAGUAGCCAGCAGCCAUUUAUAGGCUCUGUUGAAUUUGGCGUGUCAUCUGAAACACAUGACCAGCGACUGUGGCAGAGCGAAGCAAGACUGAAAGCGUUCAAACAUGAUCAAAGCUCAGAGAAAAUGAGAAUAUUUUUAUGAGUUUUGUGUAUAUUGAAAUACAUUUCACCUGGUUUAACUAUUUUGUAUUUAAAUACAAAUAAUGUUACAAAGAAAUUUACAGUAUUACUUGUUCAUCGACCCGUCCAGGUAUUUAAUCACUGGUGAUUCAUCUUUGUUAAUCUGCAAUGUGAGACAUUGUUCAUCUAAAAAUAUUGUAAUUUGCACAAAGUAAUAAGCUGCUUUGAAUUAUUAUACUUUUAAUGGGUAUCUAAAGCAGUUGUGUUGUAAUGUUUGAAUUUAUGCAGCUACUGGGAGCAUUUAGGUGGUUAUUUAUGGCCCCGUUAUUAAGCCAGUAAUUUGCAGCUAAAGUAAAGUGAUAAAAUCACCUAAUUUGGGUGUUUCACAGCGUGUUGCAUAAUGCACAGUUACAUUUAUAGCUGAAUUACACUGUGAUUAGUCCACUGGUCCUACAGUAGAUCACAUUAACAUAGUUUGUGUUGUGAAUUCACUAAACUAUCUAAACUUUGCUAAAUUGUAUCCAAUAAGUUGACACAGAUGAUCAACACAUCAUCUCGUGUGGGAACAGAAGAUUUCCAAGGCAGUGUGACUCACACACCCGGCUGCUUUACGUGUUUUAUGUGCACCGUGUUCAUCGGGUUCUGUAGCAUUCCUCUGGGAUCAUUGCAGAUGUUCCAGAAAAACACUGAAGCAACCUCAAUUCACACACAGAACGACAUGUGCCUCUUCCAAUUAGCUCUGACUCUUGUGACUAUUGUCUCAACGCACUUGAUGAUUGAACAUCUCAGCGAGCAGCUGCAAAGCUCAUCCUGUCUUCGCCAUGCAGUAGCUGUUGUGUCAGAAUAUUAUUGAUGAACUAAAAAUGUGUACGAACCGAUGAACAUCGCUGAUGAUAGGUAAAAACAGGUUUUUGUGGCUGCUGAACUCGCUCACUCAGGCAGCAUGUCAUUAAAAUGGUAUUUCGCACAACAAGGUGUCCUCUUUUGAGAAUAUAUUUCACAAAUGACUGUGAUAAUUGAUGUGUUUCCAGCCUUUAUGUUCUCUUGGUUUCCAUCAUCCUUUUAAAAGUCCCUCGUUGCAUCGUGAAUGGAUGUCUUUUGGAUCGUUUUCAGAAUUCUCUGCACGAUUUAUCAAAGCAAUACUGUUGUAAGUGAAACAAGAGCUGAUUUUGGGCAUCCCAGAUAAAAGCUAAUGCCUUGAUUUACUGCCAUGGAUACUGUAAUUCUGUGAUCCACACCUACUGCAUUAGGACAGAUUCUCAGCCAUUUAAGCAGUGUAUUAUAUCAUAUGGCAGGUUCUGAUCUGCCUUCCCUGCAGCUCAAGAAAAACAUAUUUAAAUUCACGACCAUCUUCCUUUGUUUAGCCAAAACUGUCGGGAACAUGUCGUUUCUUUUUGUGCAACACCAAAGCACUCAAAAAUGCCUUCCUCUCCACCUCUCCAAAAAGUGCGGAGAGGAUCACUCUGCAUACAUUUCAAGCCACAAGGUUGUGAAGUGGAGUGUUUAAUCAUCCCUCAUCUGACCCAAUGUCAUUGUCAUAUUACCACUGCCAAAAUGAAUUGUCUGCAUUUGUUCUAAAAAGUAAAAUUGAUGUGUGAUACACAG